GCGGCGAUGGACACGGAGGCGGCGGCCGGAGCGGAGGGGCCCUUCUGCCUGCAGCAGGUUACCAUAACAGAAGACUCUGAAGAUGAUUAUCAAUAUGAAGAGGUUCCAGCAGAUGAUGAAUUUAGCCUCCUAGAAGGUGAUGAAGAUCUGGCAAAAGCUUUACAGACCAUACAGGAGCAAUCUGAGGAUGCACAAAUUAUAGCUCAGCAAUCGGUUCUGACUUCUAAGCAUUCAGUACCUGAAAUCCCGGAAGCUGUGGAUGACUUUCUUUGCAAUUUCCUAAUCAGAAUGGGGAUGGCUAGAACCCUUGACUGCUUCCAAACUGAAAG